AUGCGACAGCAAGGGCUGCUUCGCGCCUUCUCGUACGGUCGUGCUGCGACACUUCUUCGAAGACCACACGGUGUUCCUGCCGCCGGUGCACCUGAUGUGGUGGCCCUUCACCAUUGUUGCACACCGUGGCGUGUUGCAACCCAGCAGCGCUGUGUAACGAGUGGAGAAGAGUUCUUCACACCGUCAAAGAGUGAUGACAGAGCGUGGACAGAUGGAAUGGUCGUUGAGGGUAUUCGACGUGUCUUGUCUUCACUCCCUCCACCAAGCCAGGAGGGGCAGCAGAGUGUGGAAAAUAAUGCGCACUCCAUUCAUGCACUCUUCCGCGCACUAGGUCCGUCGCUGCGUUAUCGGCUGCAGAACUCCUCCUACGGAUCGCUCAACAAGGCGCUGAAGAGCAGGCCGGAUUGGUUCCUCCUCGACGACAACGGCAGCAGAGUAAGCCUCUCAAAGGCGGCAUGGUCUCUUGACAACACUUGCAGGCGCGGAAACGGUGAUGUUGCAGCUUCCGGUACCGCAUCGAGUGAUGCUCGCUCCCCGAAAGGUGCAAUUACCGCAUCUACAAGGUGUGUACUGGUUCGUGGUGCAUUGAUCUCUACGCCAGUGGACGUUUCCAAGCCAUUACUCACACCCGAGGAGAUAGAGAAGUGGAAACUGACGCGACUCAUUCUGCCGCUUGGUCUGCCUUUCUAUUGGGACAGGGAGCCUGCCACACUCUUCCCAUACGGUGAGAAGCCGCGGCAGCUGACGCCGGAACUAGCCGAUGUUGAGGCCAUGUACAGCUCAAAGGGUUUCUUCACGCCGUCUGAUGUAGCAGCGGCAUUUAUUCCCAUCACCCCAACUUUCUUUGUGGAAACGCGCCACGUCCUAAACGCCAUGUCCCCUGGCGUCGCGCAGUGUUUUGAGAGAUGUAUCCCGAAGGAGCGUGUCGUUGAUGUCUUUCUCAAAAAAUAUCCCAUGAUAUUUAAACUUAAACUCGGCAAGUUUCAAAAGGCAGCGGUAAAGCUGAACCUAGACUUCCCCUUCAUUCGCGAGUACCCUGGCUGCGGGCGGGCAGACCGUCUCCUGCGCCGUUGGAAUCAGGAGUACCGUGCAACUGUCGGUGGUGUUCUCCCCCGUCAGUUGGCGUCGUCGUCAUCAUCAUCACAUACAUUGUCGUCCUCGUCAUUGAACGAUGCGGGUGCGCAGGGUCGGCGUGCGGAGCCGCACAUCGACAUGAAGAUAUUUGAAACACUCGUACGUCACCUGCCGCGUGUGGCGACCGAGCCGACGCUUUCGAAAGAGGAACUCGAGGAGAAGCGCUGCCGUCCAUUCCCAUUGGUGGAGUGGAUCGAUGGUUUUUCACAGGAGGACUUAGAUGUUCUGAAUAGUGUGCCACAGCAGCGGGUAUUGACGCUACUGACACGCUACACGCGCAUAUUUCAACUGAUGUGCCACGGUGAGGACUCGAAUGUGUUCAGCGAGCACACAUACUUGGAGGCGUUGAGGGACACGAAGCGCAAACAGCGUCCUUGUAUGGAUGGAGGAAACGGAGACGAUUCACCACCACCUACUUUGAAUGUGUCAAGUGAGAUACCUGGCAAUGUUGAUGGCGGUAAUUCCUCUCCAGUUGAAAGAGAGACGAAAGUGGUCGCACUAAAUGCGACGGCAGAGCCUGAGAGCAAUUUGAAGCGGCGAGAGGCAAACAUAGCGGCAGCUCUUCGAGACGAUAUGCUUGGCCUCGACGAUUUUAUCAACGACACCUCAAAUUCUGCAGUUCUUGUAGAAACAAGUACCCUGGAAGCGAAUAAAGAUGCGAACACUGAAUUCAACACCAAGGAGGACGAGGAACAGGAAGAAGCAGAUCUCACGGAGGUAAAGGAAGAAAAUGAAGAGGAGGAAGAUAGCUUCGCCUUCAAUAGCGAUGAGGGCGAUAAUAAUAACAAUAAUAGUGGUGAGAGGGGACGCCUUGGUAGUGGUUCAGGGGAAACAGACCCGCGAGUUACCGAGCAGGCGUCCACUGAUGACGAUUGGAGCGGACCGUAUAUUCCUUCCCGCUACGACAUUAUUUACGUCCGGCGUCUCCCGAAGCACAUUGCACCGCGGAGUCUGAGCGACUACAACACAACAAACUCGCCGGAACCAGAGCUGCUACGACAGAUAGCAUCCUUUCUCAAUCCUCCUCCAUCGCUGCGGGAGAGUUCACGAACGUGUACGCCACAGGUUAUAAGACUGGAAAGAGUCGCUCGCUUUCCCAGCGCAGCCAACUCUGGUCCGUGGCGGUGGGUUCCCAUACAACGCAUUUACGCCUCCCUUAGCAAGGCGCAGAAGCGACUUCUGCGGCCGUACAAGGGGCUCGUGCACUUUAUGCGACUCCACGGUGAGAUAUUUGAACUUAGUGCGGACUUUUUGUACGUCAUUGCGCACGAUCCACAAGGACAGAUUCCGCCAUUUGUCCCAACGCAAGUUACAUUUUACAGCGAAGACCGCGUGCUACUUCCGCCGACAAUUGACGAUGAUGAGAAUUCCAGAGCAGCUUUGAUAGGUGAUGCGGAGCGAAAUAAGUUUGAAGGCAUCCUAGGAGCGAGCCAGAUUCCAACCAAUCGCCAGCAGCUGCUCCUCCUCGAUCCAUUGAAUCCUCUUCUUGACCACGAUGUGCUAUGCGAGGAGGUUUCUUUCUUCAUGCCAGAUCACCCAGUUUCGCUCCCACAACUGAUGGGACGUUUACCACCGAUAUUGAGGGCGGCACUUUCUACCCGCCACAAAAACAAUUUCAAGACCAGCAAGCACCUUACCGUUUGGACAGAGAAUAACCGCAUGAUGCUGCAAAAGAGUCAGUUGGCCAUUCCAGAGUCCGCUUCAAUGGGUGAGGAAUCCCUCACAGUGGAGGAUGCUAUUGAGUGUGUGCGUGAAGUGGUUCCUGACGAGGGAGUUAUGGUUGGUCAUCUGCAGCGUAUGUUGCCCUUUGCCGCCAAGAAGGCGUUGAAGGAGCACUUUGGUAACGUAUACAACGCCCUGCUUGGGUACCCGCAGUACUUUUAUGUCGAGAAGGUUGAAGGGAGUCACUACAACAGUAUGUUGUUCCUCGUGGAGCGCCUUCAAGAGGAAAAACAGUAA